AUGUCGAACUGCAUUUCCCUCUCGGGGUCAACUGCCUGUCCUGCCUGGAGUAGCUCGUCCAUUUCAACCAGUUCCAGUCUAUAUGCGAGCUUCCCUUUCCUUAAAAGCGUAUCGAAUCUGACGGAUUUCGAUAAUUCAUUAAAGGACUAUGUCCGUGGAUCAUAUAUCUCGACAAAGUAUGAUGACUUACUGGGAUGCCAAGGCAUCAAUUCGAGCGCGCCCAACAACUACUAUGCCCAGUAUACAACCAGUGUUUUGUGCAGCAGUGUCGUGCAAAGCUCCAUAUCCGACUGCAAACUUUCCACCGAUGAGUCGGUACCAAUUUGCGUCGACACAUGCGCGCUUUGGGCCCGAAGUGAACAGGAGACCAUGGCAAAUACAGACUUGUGCGUCAAAAGCGACAAGAACUACACGGACCUAAUCUAUGCCGAAUUGACCAUCUGCGAAAAACCAUCCGACGCCCUUUCUGGAGAUUGUGUCAAAGGAGCUGCCAAUGAGCCUGACAACUGUGGCUUUGCGACAAAUACCAUUGGUCUCUGCACUUUUUGUGCGAACGGCACCGAUAGCUGCUGCUCAAAAUCCAACGCCACGAGUCGCUGUGACGGUGUCGCAGUACCGACUGUGACUCUACCACCUCUUACGCCCUCGCCUUCCCCCACUGGACAUUCUAGCCAUGGCUUGUCGGGCGGCGCGAUUGCUGGGAUCGUAAUUGGCGCCAUUGUAGGAGCUGCCAUUCUAGCUGCUCUCCUUGCCUUCUUUUGCAUUUUCAUGCGCCGCCGCCGUCGUGAGACCCAGAGCGAAGCUGCACUCAACCAACCAAACCCACAAAGAAAGGGUGGAUCGCCAUCAAUGCAGCAGCCCCCAAGCCCAACAUCGUACAAUAUGGUCCCAGGAGGCCGAGUCACACGGAUGUCUGCACUGCGCGAAAUGCCCAGUACAUCAUCGCCCGCAUAUUCGCGUACCUCCGCGGCGAUGUACGGCAGCGGAGCCAAAUACAGCGAUACGUCAGACUCAGAAGGCAUGGGCGCCAGUCCAGGAGCUAUGUCCAAGAGAAUCCCACCAGUGACAGGGAAACGUCACGGCUCGCUUUCGAGCAACUCGGUUCUGGCUGGACUAGAAAGCGACAGCUCGCCCCGGUCCGGUCCGACGAACCAAUACUCAUCUCCCGAAGCAGUUACCAGUGGUCGAUCUGAGCAGCUGUCUUAUUUCCGCGACUACUACUCACAAGAUGAGAUUCACGCUGGCGACAAAGUUGCCGUCCUUUGGGCGUACUCGCCACGAGCGGGCGACGAAUUCGAACUCGACCGAGGCGAGAUGUUGAGGGUGAUUGGCAUCUGGGAUGAUGGCUGGGCGACGGGUGUGCGACUCCCCGAGCGCGCUGAGGACCAAGACAUGAAUUACCGCGAACAGCGCGACAGUGGUGUCUCAAGUGGCUCGCGUAUGCAUGGUGCUUCGUCGCCCAUGCCGUCAGGCGAGAUCAAGGCUUUCCCCUUGGUCUGUAUCUGUCUACCGCAGCACUGGCACAAGAUCAUCGACGGCGGCCAGGAAGACGAGGAAGUUUGA